AUUUGACGUUUUCGUUUUUGACAUCUGCCUUCCCAAGCAGCAGUGAUGUCUGUUUUCGUCUGAAAAGUGAAAAAUAUAUAAAUAUUUACUUCUUUGUUCUCUCAUUAAGUUCCUUACUUGAAUAUAUUACGUAAAUAGAGAGUGUUAUUUCGAGAAAGUUAUCAUUUUCACCGUCAUAAGCCAUGGAUUCAUGCAUCGGUGUGGAACAAGAUUUGGACAAAGCUUUAUCUAAAUUUACCUCUCUAAAUGACCACACAGACAAGGUUUUAGAAGAUAUUAUUGGUCAGGUUGAGAAUCUAAAGAAGGAAAUUGCUAAACAGGGGUCAAAUGCACCUUUGACACAAACACAAGCCAUGGUCGCCAGUGAAUUAGCUGCGCGGGUCAAACAGACUGUCUUUCAGAUGUCUACAGAACACAGAGAGCUGCAUGCCACAGUGUCACGUGUUGGCAAGUCGAUCGACCGACACUUCAUCGCUGAUUACGGCUCAGUGGCACCGAAAGCUGAGUCAUUCUGCACGGACACAAACAGACCUAUAAUGGAGCAAGCCAUUGCCCAGCAUUUGUACAGACAGGGCUUAGAAGACGUAGGCGACGCGUUCGUAGAAGAAGCCAAAAUUCCCGGCGUGGAGCGCACUUGUACUUUUGCGGCGCUGCAGCGCUGUGCUGCGGCGCUUGCGGCCGGAGACCCGCUGCCGGCGCUGCAGUGGGCCGAGAAACGCGCUCACGAUCUAACACACUCGCCGCUGCCGUUCACGCUGCAUAGAAUGCAGGCGCUCAAGCUGGCCCGCGAGCAAGGCGUGGUAGCCGCGAUCGAGUACGCCCGCGCGUCGUUCCCGGCGCACGCGGCGCGCCACGAGCGGCAGCUGCAGGCGUGCGUGUGCGCGCUGGCCUGGUGCACGCCGCACGCGCCGCCCGCGCCGCGCAACUACCGCCACCUGCUCGACCCGCAGGCCCUCGGCGCGGAAGCAGCGGAGUUAUUUAUCCGCGAGGCGUGCGCGUUACUCCGCUUAGCGCCGCUGUCGGCGCUGGCGGGCGGCGUGCUGGCGGGCGCGCGCGUGCUGCCCGCGCUGCACGACAUCCGCGCCAAGAUGACGCACCCGCACGUCAUCGCCGCCUGGGCCGACGACCACCUGCCGCUCGAGGUUGACCUGGGCGAGGACGGCGGCGGCUACCACUCGGUGUUCGCGUGCCCCAUCCUGCGGCAGCAGGCGUCGGAGCAGAACCCGCCCAUGCGGCUGCUGUGCGGACACGUCAUCUCCCGCGACGCGCUCAAUAAGCUCGCCAUGGGUGCCAAAUUGAAAUGCCCCUACUGCCCCAUGGAGCAGGCGCCCGCAGAGGCGAGGCAGAUAUACUUCUCUUGAAGCAACGAACCCAACAAGUCAAGUCUUUCCGAUAUUCAAAUAUGUAACGUAAACUUUAAACAUGAUAAGCUAGCAGAUUCAUAUAGAUGACGGACGGACGCUCGUACCGUUCUAUGCAGAUAUUCUAUAGAUGUUUAACUCAAUGUUAUUGUAAGAUAAAUAUUAUCACUGUAUAUUUACUGAGGCCUGUAGCGGCGUCUAUUUUGUUCUUUUUGUAAUAAAAUGAAACAGUA